UGAGUGAUGCAUUGGGCAAGUCCAUAAUAUACAAGUAUCCUCCACCAUCCUACAUUUUUUAUAGUCAUAUUUUUACACCAGUGUGUGAAAUAAGAAUCAUGACCAAACUUAUAGAAUGUUAUGGCAAUGUCACAGACAGUUGUCCAGGUUACCGGGAUGAUGGACCUACCUCAAUGAACAUCGAAGCAUUUAAAUCAUUCAUUAUUGGUACGUGUGUAAACAGAAAUGUGUUCGAGGAUGGAAUGACGUGCAUUGGUUCAAAACAAACAGAUGUGAUUUUUCAUGUCAACCGGAAUUGCAUAACUUACGAACUUGUUGAAGACGAUGUAUGGGAAGUGUAUACAGAUUCGCCAGAUUAUUCAUGGCAACAAUUUUGCAGCCGUAUGAUUAAUGGAAUCCAAUGUUCUGUCAACAAAACACAAGAGUUCGGAUGUUCCGAAGAGUUUUACGAUUUUUUGUUACAUUCUUCAUACGUCCGUCUGCCAGUGGAGUGUCUUGAACCCAAUUCGUCUAAGUUUAUAUGGCUUGAUAUGUACACGGAAUUACCAACAAAGCUCCCAGAAAGCCAGAACAAGACAGACAUAGAGAAAGAGAAUACCACUAUCGACGAUACCGUGUCUUCAGCAACUUGUAAUUACAUGUCACAUGUUUCAAUAAUAGCACUCAAUGUAAUUUUCACAUGUUACAAGCAGCUUAAAUUCACCAUUGCAACUUGAUUGUCUGAUUUGAAAAUAACUGAGUACAACACUCGUGUACUUUUGUAAAGGUAGUUUUUGCUUUAUUCUUUGUUGCCUGUUCUCAUUUUGCAUGUUUUGUACGUAUUGGUAUAUUUUUGGAGUAACCUGUGUUUCGGAUCAGUAAUAUUAGCAUUGUAAUUGAUUUAUG